UCCAGCCUCCAGGCCGUCUCGGCGAUGCAGGGCUGCCCCGCGCCCGCCGCGGCCCCCGGGCCCGGCUCCCCCCGGGGCUCCCCGCGCGGCUCCCCCGGGCUCUUCAGGAAGCUCCUGGUGACCCAGAGCAUCCGCCUGCAGCGGCGCUUCACCGUGGCCCAUCCGCUGUGCUUUGACCUGGAAAAUGGGCUCUCCAGCGGAAGAAGCCCCCUGGAUCCUCAGGCCGGGCCUAGCCUUGGCCGGAUCGUCCAGGUCGCCGCCCAGCAUAGCCAGAGGCGGGAGUCUUUCCUGUACCGCUCAGACAGUGACUUCCAACUCUUGCCCAAGGCCACGUCCUGGAAUUCCUCCGUGGCCAGCGACCUACAGGGAGAAGACAUGAUUGUGACGCCCUUUGCCCAGGUCCUUGCCAGUCUGCGGACGGUUCGGAGCAACGUUGCGGCCCUUGCCCACCUGCAAGGCCGCGGGGCUACCAAGCAGGCACCGGUCGGGAAGCCGCCUUCUGGCAGUCAGGCCCCUCCAUCUACAGAGGACCCUGGGCAGAAGCUGGCUUUGGAAACCCUGGACGAGCUGGACUGGUGUCUGGAUCAGCUGGAGACUCUGCAGACGCGGCACUCGGUGGGGGAGAUGGCAUCCAACAAGUUCAAGCGGAUGCUGAACCGAGAGUUGACUCACCUGUCCGAAACCAGCCGCUCUGGGAACCAGGUGUCUGAGUACAUAUCCCGAACCUUCCUGGACCAGCAGACUGAGGUGGAGCUGCCCAGGGUGACCCCUACAGAGCCCCCGAAGCCCAUAUCCCAGAUCAGUGGCCUGCGUGGGCUCCCCCACAGUGCCAGCCUCUCUGCAGCCACCUUCCCACGCUUUGGCGUCCAGACUGACCAGGAGGGGCAACUGGCCAAGGAACUGGAAGACACCAACAAGUGGGGGCUUGACGUGUUCAAGGUGGCAGAGCUAAGUGGGAACCGGCCCCUCACAGCCAUUAUAUUCAGCAUCUUUCAGGAACGGGACCUGCUCAAGACAUUUCAGAUCCCGGCAGACACCCUAGUCACCUACCUGCUCACGCUGGAGGGUCACUACCGCGCCGACGUGGCCUACCACAACAGCCUCCACGCUGCCGACGUGGCCCAGUCCACACACGUGCUGCUGGCGACGCCCGCCCUCCAGGCCGUUUUCACAGACCUGGAAGUCCUGGCUGCCAUCUUCGCAAGCGCCAUCCACGAUGUGGACCAUCCGGGCGUCUCCAACCAGUUUCUCAUUAACACCAACUCGGAGCUCGCGCUUAUGUACAACGAUGCCUCCGUGCUGGAGAACCACCACCUGGCCGUGGGCUUCAAGCUGCUGCAAGCAGAGAACUGUGACAUCUUCCAGAACCUCAGCGCCAAGCAGCGGCUGAGUCUGCGCAGGAUGGUCAUCGACAUGGUGCUGGCCACCGACAUGUCCAAACACAUGAGCCUCCUGGCAGACCUGAAGACCAUGGUGGAGACCAAGAAGGUGGCGAGCCUCGGAGUCCUGCUGCUCGACAACUACUCCGACCGCAUCCAGGUCUUGCAGAACCUGGUGCACUGCGCCGACCUGAGCAACCCCACCAAACCGCUGCCCCUGUACCGCCAGUGGACGGACCGCAUCAUGGCCGAGUUCUUCCAGCAGGGCGACCGCGAGCGCGAGUCGGGCCUGGACGUCAGCCCCAUGUGCGACAAGCACACGGCCUCGGUGGAGAAGUCCCAGGUGGGCUUCAUUGACUACAUUGCCCACCCACUGUGGGAGACGUGGGCCGACCUGGUACACCCAGAUGCACAGGACCUGCUGGACACACUAGAGGACAACCGCGAGUGGUACCAGAGCAAGGUCCCCCGAAGCCCCAUGGAUCCCACCAGCCCUGAGCAGGGUAGCCCUGACAGAUUCCAGUUUGAGCUGACUCUGGAUGAGGCGGAAGAAGAGAAGGAGGCAGAGGAGGAGGGAGCGUUGGAUGGGGAGGCCUCAGAGUCACCUGACACUGAGCUCCUGUCCCCUGAGGCCAGCCUGGACCCUGGGGGGCUCCUCCUGGACAACCAGAGGACCGCGGGCAAGCCCUGCAAGAACCAUGAGGGUGGCGUGAUGGCUGAGCCCUUUGGCAACUAAUGGCCCCUGGCGGGUGGGUGGACUUUCCAGGAAGAGGUCCCAGGGGGCCCCUGCCUUGCCUUCCCCACCCCCUGAGAGAGACAACCAAGCGUUUAGUUACAGGCAGGUCUCAGGGUGGAACUGGAGGCCCCUGGCUGGGGUCCACUCUGACUCCAGGCUCUGCUGAGAGAGCUCUCCGAGGGGCUGGGCUAGGGUUAGCCUCUUCCAGAGCCCUUGGGAUCUCCUUCCUGGACUUCCACCCUUGGCGUGGAAAGGGGGCGUCUGCCAGGUCCCCUGCCGGCCUCCUCCGGUGCUCACUCAUGAGCCACACCCAUCACUAUUCUUUCAUUCUCUGUCAGAUAUUUAUUGGGCCUGAUAUGUGCCAGGCCUGUGCCUGCUGUGCCUCGGUGUGGCCCUGCUCGAGCGGUGGGGCUCAGCCUCAAGGAGAUGCCCCCACAGCGCCCCCCUUCCGCCAGGCAGCUCGCUGCGGGAGAGCGGACCUUGAGUCGGGGAGUGCGCGGCAGAGCUGCCGUCGGCCCGGUGCUCCGGGGCUGGAGGGGCGCCCCGCAGGCUGAUUCGGGGGUCGCGCUUGCGCACCGGCCGCAGUUUCCGCCUUUGGUCGGUUUCCGGUGCACACGCCCCUGUUCUCUCUGACCUCAGAGCCCCCUGCUCGGUGCCCCCGUUCUCCACUUAUAGAACAGCAACAAAAGCACAGAAUCCGCAACCCCCGCCCCCCGCAGGUCUCUGCGCCUCCUGAGUCUGACCCCCCCCCCCCCAGGGGAAAGGAGGCCUCUGACCCUUUCUUGCCAGUCACAGACCCUUCUGGGCCUCAGUUUCCCGUCUGUGGCCUAGUCUAGUGCUUGGGUAAACUAUGGUUGAGGGGUGGUGUCUCUGACCUCCCCGAAAUAGCUUAGAAAUUGGGGGCAUUGAACAUUUUCUGGGGCUAAAUAAAUCUUAUCACCCAAAUUUA